UGCUUGGUUUGAAAUCCCGCGGGUGCCUAACGGCUCGCGAAGUUGGCAGAUCCCGUGCGAGCCGGUGUCGGGAGCGGGUCGCGGCGCUCGGUUCCGGGUGGAGUCGGUCGGGGAACCUCGCCUUCCGUCCGGUGACCGGGAGACUUCCAUCAUGAGGAGAAGUGAGGUGAUUGCGGAGGACUCCAUACUGUGUCUCCAGAAAGCCCUGAGUCACCUUCGGGAGAUAUGGGAACUGAUUGGGAUUCCCGAGGACCAGCGGCUACAGAGAACCCAGGUGGUGCACAAGCAUAUCAAGGACCUCCUGGACAUGAUGAUUGCUGAAGAGGAAAGUCUGAAGGAAAGGCUCAUUAAAAGCAUAGGCAACUGUCAAAAAGAGUUGGCUGUCCUGUGCAGCGAGUUGCAUGUUGAGCCAUUUCAGGAGGAAGGAGAGCCGACCAUCUUGCAACUCGAAAAAGACCUGCGCACUCAGGUGGAGCUGAUGCGCAAACAGAAAAAGGACAGGAAACGGGAACUGAAGCUGCUUACGGAACAGGAUCAAGAGCUGUGUGAAGUGCUCUGCGUGCCGCCAUAUGACAUCGACAGCGAUGCUGUUCCCAGCCUGGAGGAGCUGAACCAGUUCAGACAGCAUCUGGCAACUCUGAGGGAAACAAAGGCGUCUCGGCGUGAGGAGUUUGUCACCAUCAAAAGACAGAUCAUACUGUGCAUGGAAGAGUUAGAUCACACCCCAGAUACAAGCUUCGAGCGAGAUGUGGUGUGCGAAGAUGAAGAUGCCUUUUGUCUGUCUUUGGAAAACAUUGCAGCGCUACAGAAGUUGCUACAGCAGCUGCAAGUGUGGAAAUCACAGAACGAAGAAGUGUGUGAGGGGCUGCGGGCUCAGAUCCGGGAGCUGUGGGACAGGCUGCAAAUACCUGAAGAAGAGAGAGAAGCUGUUGAGGCCAUGGCCAUGACUGGGUCGAAGGCCAAAGUUAAGAAAGCGCUGCAAUUGGAAGUGGAUCGCUUGGAGGAACUGAAAAUGCAAAACAUGAAGAAAGUGAUUGAGGCGAUACGUGUGGAGCUGGCCAAGUACUGGGACCAGUGUUUCUACAGCCAGGAGCAGAGGCAGGCGUUCGCUGCGUACUAUGACGAGGACUACACGGAAAGUCUGCUCCAGGCCCACGACGCUGAGGUGGUGCGGCUGAGAAACUACUUCGAGGUGCACAGAGAGCUCUUCGAAGGCGUGCAGAAGUGGGAGGAAAGCUGGAGGCUUUUCUUGGAUUUUGAGAGAAAAGCCUCUGAUCCAAGUCGGUUUACAAAUCGCGGAGGAAAUCUUCUGAAGGAGGAGAAGCAGCGAGCCAGGCUCCAAAAAACACUCCCGAAGCUGGAAGAGGAAUUGAAGGCCCAGAUUGAAAUGUGGGAACAGAAACACUCGACAGCCUUUGAGGUCCACGGGCAGAAAUUCAUGGAGUAUGUGGCUGAGCAGUGGGAGAUGCAUCGGUUAGAGAAAGAGCGAGCCAAGCAGGAGCGGCAACUGAAGAACAAGAAGCAGACGGAGGCCGAGAUGCUGUACGGCAGCACUCCCAGGACGCCCAACAAGCGGCGGGGACUGACGCCCACCACCCCGGGCAAAGUGCGCAGGCUGAACACCACCACCAUGUCCAAUGCCACGGCCAACAGCAGCAUCCGGCCUGCCUUUGGGGGAACAGUCUACCGCUCCCCUGUGUCUCGACUCCCGCCUUCUGGCAGCAAGCCAGUCCUCACUGCCACCUGCUCAGGGAAGAAAAACCCCCGUGCUGGUCGGUACGGAGCCGACAAGGAGAACAUGGAGCUCAAUGGCAGCCUGCUGAGCGGUGGGUACCCCGGCUCAGCCCCCCUCCAGCACAACUUCAGCAUUAACUCUGUUGCCAGCACCUAUUCUGAGUUUGCGAAGGAUCCGUCCCUCUCUGACAGCUCCGCUGGUGGGCUUCAGCGAGAACUUUCAAAGGCCUCCAAAUCUGACGCUACGUCCCGAAUCCUCAAUUCAACCAACAUCCAUCCCUAAGACGCCCUGACCAGCCAGCCGUGGCUUCCUGCGCCUAGCCUGGCGGCUCUCCUUCCUCUCCCGGCUGGGCCUGCUGGAAACCCUGGGCCGGCCCGCUACCACGGCCUGGCUUAGGGGUUGAAGCCCAUCACAGGCCUGGCGGGUCCUUAGACACUUUGUUGGGGAUCUAGAAGUUUGCACAUGUCAGUCCUGGGGGCGCUGUUCCCACUGCUCUGUACCCAGUGGGGCCCCAUCCCGAGCUACUAACCUACUGGUCACUACGAUUCUCGCCGAAGCACUAUUAUUUAUUCCUGCCCCCGCGCAGCCGCUGUCAGAGCACUAAGUGGCUCUCAGGCGUCAGUGUGGCUCGGGCUGCGCACGGGGCCUGCCGUCUUAGUCUGUGUAUACUUGUCCUGUUGUAAAAUAUGUAUUUUUAACAAUAAAGCAGUGCGUGUGCUGCAAGAUUACAAAAACGGUAGGUUGUGUUUUCCAGAUUCCCCAAAUAAGGUUUGUCGCUUUGGUCUGUGGAAGGCGGACAUUUCUACUUCCCCUUGGAGAUUUCUUUUUGUAAUACUUAGUGUUUUGUGCAUGUGUAA